CACGUUAAGUUUGCUGAAAAUAAACACAGUUGACAGUGAGAGUUUGCUGAGUUUACAUGCUGGUGUUUUCACUGAUUCAUGUACAACAUCUCUCGAAUCUGUUUGCUUACAAAGUGACUGGCGCUCCAUGUGAAAUGUCAAACUACGUUUCUUAUCAGUACGCAUUUAAGGCAACUGUGCUGUUAUUGUGAGAAUGGCCUAUUACAGCUAAAUAGUAAGCCAUUUUAAUGUAUUAUCGGUUCUGAAAUGCAAGACUGAUGUACAGUACAUGAGAACAGAACAUACUUUAGACCUGAAUGUAUCCCCCACUCCAUGAAUAAGAAUCACAGAGCAUUGCCUGUGUUCUGGUGCCUGUGUUCUCUUCUCUGUGUGUCGCAGAUAAAGAUGUCCCAGGUGAAACAGGUGGGCCUGCUGGCUGCCGGGUGCCAGCCCUGGAACAAAGAUGUGUGUGCAGCCAGUGAAGACCGGUUCGCUUACUGUGCAACACUUGCUAUAUAUGUCUACCAGUUGGACCACAGAUACAAUGAGUUCAAGCUUCGAGCCAUCAUGUCAGAGCACAAGAAGACCAUCACGGCCAUAUCGUGGUGCCCACACAACCCCGAGGUGUUUGCCAGCGCCAGCGCUGACAACCUGCUCAUCAUCUGGAACGUGGCAGAGCAGAAGAUUGUGGCCAGGCUGGAUAACACCAAAGGCAUCCCAGCGUCUCUGAGCUGGUGCUGGAACGCAGGUGACGGCGUGGCGUUUGUGUCCCACCGGGGCCCUCUCUACCUGUGGGCCAUCAGCGGGCUGGACGCCGGCGUCACCAUCCACAAGGAGGCACACAGCUUCCUGUCUGAUAUCUGUCUGUUCCGCUGGCACCCCGUCAAGAAGGGCAAGGUGGUGUUUGGACACACAGACGGGAGCCUCUCUAUCUUCCAGCCAGGAUCUAAAAACCAGAAGCACGUGUUGCGCCCGGAGUCUUUAGAGGGGACGGACGAGGAGGACCCGGUCACAGCGUUGGAGUGGGAUCCCCUGUCUACAGACUACCUCCUAGUGGCCAACCAGCAUAAUGGCAUCAGAAUGGUCGACUCAGAGGGGCUCACCUGUGUCACUACUUUCAGCUUCCCCAGUUCAGCUGCCUCUGUACAGUGUCUGGCCUGGGUUCCCAGUGCACCCGGCAUGUUCAUCACUGGAGAUUCUCAAGUCGGUGUGUUGAGGAUAUGGAACGUGUCCAGAUCUACACCGCUGGACAACUUUAAACUGAAGAAGACCGGCUUCCAUGCUUUACAUGUGUUAAACUCUCCCCCAGCCAAGAAAUCCUUGAGCUCCAUCUCCCCGACAAAGAGCCAUUACACAUCAUCUACCAGUGAGGCUGUUCCUCCUCCUACUCUAUCCCAGAACCAGGCCUUCUCCCUCCCCCCGGGCCACGCGGUCUGCUGCUUCAUGGAUGGAGGGGUGGGGCUCUACGACAUGGGAGCCAAGAAGUGGGACUUCCUACGAGACCUGGGUCAUGUGGAGACCAUAUUUGACUGUAAAUUCAAGCCAGACGACCCCAACCUGUUGGCGACAGCCUCGUUUGACGGGACUAUUAAGGUGUGGGACAUCAACACCCUCACAGCGGUUUAUACGUCUCCCGGCAACGAGGGUGUGGUCUACUCUCUGUCCUGGGCUCCUGGAGACCUGAACUGCAUAGCCGGAGCCACGUCCCGGAACGGUGCAUUCAUCUGGGAUGUGAAGAAAGGCAAGAUGAUCACACGAUUCAAUGAGCAUGGGAAUCAUGGUAUCUUCUGUAUCGCAUGGAGCCAUAAGGACUCUAAAAGAAUAGCCACAUGUAGUGGCGACGGCUUUUGCAUCAUUAGGACCAUCGACGGCAGGGUCUUACACAAGUACAAGCACCCUGCUGCUGUGUUUGGUUGUGACUGGAGCCAGAAUAACAAAGACAUGAUAGCCACGGGUUGUGAGGAUAAAAACGUGCGCGUGUACUACCUGGCCACCAGUUCUGACCAGCCACUCAAGGUGUUCACGGGUCACCUGGCCAAGGUGUUCCACGUGCGCUGGUCUCCUCUCCGAGAGGGUAUUCUCUGCAGUGGCUCAGAUGACGGGACUGUGCGUAUCUGGGAUUAUACCCAGGAUGCCUGUAUCAACGUACUGAGUGGUCACAAGGCUCCGGUCCGAGGCCUGAUGUGGAACACGGAGGUACCCUACCUGCUGACCAGCGGCAGCUGGGACUACACCAUUAAAGUCUGGGACACCAGGGACGGAACCUGCCUGGACACCUGCUACGACCACGGCGCUGAUGUUUAUGGCCUGACUUGCCACCCCAGCCGUCCGUUCACCAUGGCCUCAUGUUCCCGGGACUCUACGGUCAGGUUGUGGUCCCUCACUCCGCUCAUCGCUCCGCUCCUGGUCAACGUCCUGGCUGACCACAGCUGGGAUGACAUCAUCGGCAACACAGAUAGGGCCAUGGUACCUGGUGCUACCCCUCUGCUCUGUGGGAAGGUGUCCAGAGACAUCAAGCAGGAGCUGGAUAAACUCUCCAGUGAAGUACGGGUGAAGAAACUCAGGUGGUUCUCUGAAUGUUUCUCUCCACCAGGGGGGAGUCAUAACCUGUGGGACCUGGUGUCAGUGAUCAAUGGGCAGGACGACAGUCUGCUUCCCCAGAGCUACGGCAAGGGCAUCAUGCACAUGAAACACUUGGUCCGCUUCAAAACCUCUGAGGCCCAGGAAUUGACCAUAGUGAAGAUGUCUAAGUUCGGCGGGGGGAUCGGGGCUCCCAGUAAAGAGGAGAGACUGAGAGACGCAGCAGAGAUCCAUCUGAGACUGGGGCAGAUCCAGAGAUACUGUGAACUCAUGGUGGAACUGGGAGAGUGGGACAAGGCAUUGUCAGUUGCCCCUGGUGUAUCCAUAAAGUAUUGGAAGAAACUCAUGCAACGAAGAGCCGACCAGCUGAUGCAGGAAGAAAACCAUGAUGUCAUCCCGUACUGCAUCGCCACAGGAGACGUGAGGAAGCUGGUCAACUUCUUUACUGCCAGGGGUCAACUGAACGAGGCGCUGCUAGUGGCUCAGGGAGCUUGUGAAGGCAACAUCCACGUGCCUCAGACCGCCGUAAUCAACCAUACAACCACUACAGACAGCGACGACAUACAGGCAUAUAACGGGCUACUGCAAUGUGUAUGUAAGGAGCUAGCGGAGUGGUAUUUCCAAGAUGGCCGUGCUGUGCUGGCGGCCUGCUGUCACCUGGCUGUGGACAACACUGAGCUAGCCAUGGCCAGUCUGAUCCGGGGUAAUGAGCUGGAGCUGGCUGUGUGUGUAGGGCUGGUGUUGGGAGAAUCAGCCAAUCAGGCCACUCACUAUGUCCUGGAGCUACUAGCCAGGAAGUACAUGACCACACCCACCUGCUUUCCAUCAGUUGGAAGCAGGGACCUGGCGGCUGACCUUCUCCAGAUGAUCCCAGACAACGAGGUCCUGCUGGCCAAGCUGUGUGCCUUCUACCCUGGGAGCUCCUCGGAGAUAGACCAAAUCCAUGAAAAAUGUGGUCUUCCCAGUCUGGAGGAGUGUCAGGCGUUAGCUGAGUCUGCUGUCAGCGAGGGAGACAUCUUCAACGCGGUCAAGUACUAUCUAAUGAGUCCAGAACCCGAGGCAGCCCUGCUUGUUGGCAUCGCCCAUGUCAAAGAACAGCUGAGUGAUUCUGACUGGACCGUAGACUCUGUCCAUCCUAUCCUGGACCUUCUGGGUUACAUUAGAACGGACCGGCUCAUACUUGCCAAGUUCACUGAAGCUCGAAGUGAGCUGCUCAUCCUAUCUGGCUACAUCGGUGCACUGUUGGCCAUCAGAAGACAAUACUCCAGCAUUGUUCCUGCACUUUACGAGUACACCAGUCAGUUGAUGAAGAGGAGAGAGGUGUCUGUUCCCUUACAGAUAGAGCAACUCUCUGUAGAGCUGGAGGCUUGGAUGGCCUGCACACAGUCUCUCAUCAACUCCAGGGGUCCUGAUGAGGCUCCUUACACCCCUCCGUCAGAGGCCCAGAAGGCAGAGCACGCCCAUCUGCUAGACAGACUCCAGGAGGAGCCACUCAGGGGCCUGGAGGGGCCCGACUAUGUCACAGGCUCCAACCUGCCCAGCCACUCUGAUGUCCAGGUCUCCUGCUUUACCGGACUCAGGAUCCAGGGCCCUGUGUUUUUCCUUGAGGACGGUAAAUCGGCCAUAUCAUUGAACGACGCCCUUAUGUGGGCCAAAGUGAACCCUUUCUCACCUCUGGGGACGGGUGUCCGUCUCAACCCCUUCUAAGAGCCCGCCUAGCCAACGAGGAUGGGCUACAGGGCUAAUAGCAUUUGAUUGGUCAGCCUCCGAGGCCAAGGUCACACGACGGUAAAAGGUCGAUGUCAGGACCGACACCUGCUCUUCCUGAGAGAAAGAAGGAAAAGGGAUGGACGUUCCAGAAUGAAAGAAGAGAGAUGGGAGGAUGCUUAAAAUGAGUUCUCUCCACUAUGUGCUUUUUUACAAUGUGUGCACCACAAGUCAUCCAGUCAACAGUGUUACAGCUUCUCAUAGAAAACGUGUUGCCGUACUUAGACACUGACAAAGAGGGUUCGCAUGGUUGAAACGGGUUAUAGUGUUUCUAUGUAGGAGCGAGACCAUUGUAGUUCGGCUGUCUUGUUCUAGACACACCGUCACGUGCACAUCAGUACACAGACAGACAAGUCGGCGAGCUAUGUGAUUCUUAUUAUGCUCAUGGUCAUAGCACCAGCAUCAUUUGACUGAUGAAUACCAUAUUUGUGUUGUAUUGCUGUUGGUUUAGCGUUGCGCAAGUGUUGCAUCAUCAUUUCUGUUUGUUACAGAAAUUAGCCCGCACACAUACAUGUACAAGAGCAAAGCGUAUGAUGAUGUAGGCUUACAGUGGUAGUUGGUUCGAAAGCAAACAAAUACAGAGAAACGUGCCUGUUAGCCUUUUAUUUAGCUUAGCAUCAAUCAAUCAAAUAAUUGAUGUAGGACUUGAUUGCUUUCGCAUUAAAACAGCUUAGCAGCAUCGUGUCUGUGCAGUACUGUGUUUGACUGUGAAUGUAUAAGACUUCUGCUGGACCCCAAAAAAGAAUGUGGACCUGUAAAGUUGUCCAUUUAAAACCUCUUUGGGCUAGGAGUCCCGCUAGUGACAACUUCCGGUGAAACUGGAGGGUGCGCAACUCAAAUAAAUAAUCAUAAUACUUAUGGAUAUUAAACAUUUAGGUACAUACAAGUGUCUUAUCGGUUGAAAGCUUAAAUUCUUGUUGAUCUCACUGCACUGUCUGAUUUACAGUAGCCAUUACAGCGAAAGCAUGCCAUGCGAUUGUUUGAGGACGGCGCCCAACUUCUAAAUAUUUUUCCACCGGCACAGGUUUCAUUAACUCGCAAAUAGCGAUUAAAUAUUCAGUUACUUUUGAAAAUAUUCCUCUGAUUUGUCAUCCAAAGGGUCCCAGCUAUAACAUGUAGUGUCGUUUUGUUAGAUAAAAUCCUUCUUUAUAUCCCAAAAAGUCUGUUUAGUUGGCACCAUCGAUUUGAGUAAUCCACUCGUUCAACAUGCAGAGAAAGGAAUCCAAAAAUCGACCACUAAACUUUGUUAAAACAAGUCAAAAUAUGUUUCUAUUGACUCCUUAGAUACCCUAAAAUGUAAUCAAACCAUAAUAUUUAAUACGGAAAGAAGUAUGUUCAAUAGGAAAAUUAUAUUAGCAGGUCCAUCUUGUCUUCAUUGCGCGCGCAUACACGAAUUUCCAAUAGUGUGUCCUUGUACUAAAACUCAGUAUUCUUACUCAUUUUGGAAAAAACAAGCCUGAAACCUUGAACAUAGAGUGCUGACACCCUGUGGAAGCCAUAGGAAUUGCAUACUGGGAGCUAGAUUUAAUUAUUUCCCUAUACUUUCCAUUGUAAAACCAUGGGCUCUCAAAAAAAAGAAACAUUCCGGUUGGUUUUUCUUUGGCUCUUCUCCUACCAUAUCUAUAUUAUAUCUAUAUUAUGUCUCCUACAUAAUUUUAACAUUUCUACAAACUUCAAAGUGUCUUCUGUCCAAUGGUACCAAUUAUAUGCAUAUCCUGGCUUCAGGGCCUGAACAACAGGCAGUUUACUUUGGGCACGUCAGUAAGGCGGAAAUUGAGAAAAAGGGACCCUAGCCCUAACUUAUUUUAACUUGUGAAUAGGUUCUUGUAUUGUACAUAAGACUGUAAUUCCUAUUGAGUUGCUCAGUACUAUUUCAGGGAUCACAGUUGCUAGCUAGAAGGGUAGGUAGUUGGUACUGUACACGGCUAGGGACUUACAAGUGUAAUAGCUGUUACGAUACUGGAUCCAUAGAAUUAAAACUCAUAUUCUAUGGUGGGGUCGACGCUUUAGAAUGUCUCUGAGUCUCAUCAGCGUUACCUGGUCAUGAUCAUUUGUAGCCAUCACCUGACUGCAGAAUUUGUAGUGAUUUCAUAAUGAUGACAAGCUUCUGUAUGCAAGUCAUUAUUACCAUCACAAUUUGGCAGACAGGGUGACAACCUGCUAAGACUAGCUAGCUUAUAUGUUAAACAGAAAGCUGUGAUAAAAAGGCAAUAUUUGAGAAUCAUUUUGCUUUUGAAACACAGACUUGAAUAAAUAGGCUAAUUAAUUAUUUAAAAAAAUGUAAUACCUGAAGGUUGUGCCUUAAGAAAGUAGAAAACUAUUUAUCACCGCAACAUACAGUAUAUUGGUAAGUAGGGAUCACAGUUAAUGUAAAGAGAAGAGGUUUUCUUCCUUCUGCUUAAUGAAUCAAACAUUUAUUCACAUAAUUUAUACAAGUGCUGUAUUUUUUUUUUUACUAAUGUAAUGAUAUUAGUUUUCCACCUAUACUUCAAUUAUCUUCAAAUGCAUUUGUUUUUAUUUAUUUAUCUAUGUAUUUAUUUAUUGAUUAUGUUUUACUUAGACAUAUGUACAGUUUGUUUGUACUGCCAUUGCAGUUUAUAAAAUGUGUUCAUGAAAAUAUCAAAAUGUUAGUUUUGUAACAUAAAGACGAUACCAAUGUAAACAUGUAAAAUCUGUAAGCAGGAUAUAGUUUUGAUUCAUGGAAAAGGUGAAGGAUCUUCUAAAUCGAUUGAGAAAAUUGGUCAUGCUCCAGAGCACCAUCUAGUAUUGUAGAAAAAAAAAAGAACUAAACCAUAGCCCGAAAAAUGCCAGAAGUAUAAUCUCCAAGACAACCACAUCAUGGAAUAAAAUUCUUAUUUAUUAGAGUGAAACAGGUGAGAGGUAUGUGAAAUGAGUUUUGGCAAAAUACUAUACAUUUUUCAGUGAGUUAUAUAUAUAUAUACAGGUCACGUUAAUAUAUAUAUAUAUAAUAUAUAUAUAUUAGUUGGCUAAUGUUAUAAGACAAUAAUUGAAAUACAAUAUUAUUCACAUCAUAAGAGCCUCAUAUAGGACAGACACAAUCAGAGUAUCAUGGGUACAAUUUAGAAUAUUUUUUACUUUUUCCAGAGUCAAUGAAUCUUUAAUGUACACAUGUCAAUGUGUAAUGAAUGAGCUGCAUAUAUCCGUCGUUUGGAUAAGGCGUUAAAUGGGUGUGGUCUGUGGUCACUAAAGAUCCCAUGGCACUUAUCAUAAGGGUAGGGGGUGUUAACCCCGGUGUCCUGGCUAGAUUCCCAAUCUGUCCCUCAUACCAUCACGGUCACCUAAUCAUCCCCAGCUUUCAAUUGGCUCAUUCAUCCCCCCUCCUCUCCCCUAUAACUAUUCCCCAGGUCAUUGCUGUAAAUGAGAAUGUGUUCUCACUCAACUUACCAGGUAAAAUAAGGGUCAAAUAAAAUAAAUUUAUAAAAAAUAUAUGCUACCAAUGAUGCAAACAAGAUAACACCGUACAUUAAGGUACAUGAUGGUAUCUUGUUUGCAUCAUUGAUAGCAUAAAGGCAGCUCAUUCAAACAAGAUGACAGAACAUGAAUUGUGUACAUUAAGUUAUACAUUACAUUAAACAUGCAAUGGCCCCUUUCAUUAUUUGGGUCAAUGAAUAUUAGGCAGUUAAACGUAUGGCGUGGACAGGAAUAUUGGACACAAAACCAAAGUGACAUGCAAGGUGAUCAACUUGACUUAGAUAGUAUUGUGCAGAAAAACAUGAUUUACACCA